AAAUAAAAAAAAGAGAGGAAAAUAGGUAGGCUGGCAGCAGAGCAAAGUGAAAUCAUCAAUCAUGGAACAGUUAAAGAAAUUUCCAUUCUCAAGCAAAGCUUCAAAUCACAGAUUCAAACCCUUUUUCUUUUUCUUCUUCAUUUGAUUUUUGAUUCAUUCAUCAAUCAUGUCUUCCGUUAAGCAAAAUCAACAACAACCCUCAUUCAACUCUAUCUUCUCUCUUCGUUGCUCACUCCUAACCCUCGCUAUUCUCACUCUUUUUUCAUUCACCUAUCUUUCCCUCCAAUACUCCACCCCUUCACCUCAGGUGCCAGACGGAGCUCCGAAGCUGUUAGGAGGUACAGGAAGAAUAGAGCAAGAAGAUGAUGUUGUUGGUAAUGAUGGUGAUGAAUUUGGUGAUGUUUAUCACUCGCCACGUGUGUUCAAGUUGAAUUUUGCGGAGAUGGAGAAGAAUUUUAAGGUUUAUAUAUACCCAGAUGGGGAUCCUAAAACUUUUUAUCAGACUCCAAGAAAGCUUACUGGAAAGUAUGCUAGUGAAGGUUAUUUCUUUCAGAAUAUUAAGGAAGGUCGGUUUCGGACUCUUGAUCCUGAUCAGGCUCAUUUGUUUUUCAUUCCUAUUUCAUGUCAUAAGAUGCGUGGAAAGGGAACGUCUUAUGAGAAUAUGACCAUAAUUGUACAAAAUUACGUGGAGAGCUUAAUAUCCAAGUAUCCUUAUUGGAACAGAACCUUGGGUGCCGAUCACUUCUUUGUUACUUGUCAUGAUGUUGGUGUAAGGGCAACAGAAGGUCUUCCAUUACUAGUGAAGAAUUCAAUUCGAGCAGUGUGCUCCCCUAGUUAUGAUGUUGGAUUCAUUCCACACAAAGAUGUUGCUCUCCCUCAAGUGCUACAGCCAUUUGCUCUUCCAGCUGGAGGAAAUGAUGUAGAAAACAGGACUACUCUUGGAUUUUGGGCCGGUCAUCGUAACUCUAAAAUUAGAGUGAUUCUUGCACGUGUAUGGGAAAAUGACACAGAACUUGACAUUUCAAAUAACCGAAUUAGUAGGGCUACCGGGCAUCUAGUGUACCAGAAGAGAUUUUACAGGAGUAAGUUUUGUAUAUGCCCUGGUGGAUCACAGGUUAAUAGUGCUCGCAUAGCAGAUUCUAUUCAUUAUGGAUGCAUACCUGUGAUAUUAUCAAAUUACUAUGACCUUCCUUUUAACGAUAUUCUUGACUGGAGAAAGUUUGCUGUUGUACUCAAGGAGAGUGAUGUAUAUCAGCUUAAACAAAUCCUCAAAAAAAUAUCGCAGGAUGAGUUUGUCACACUUCAUAAUAAUUUAGUAAAGAUUCAGAAACACUUUCAGUGGAAUUCGCCUCCAGUGAGAUAUGAUGCUUUCUAUAUGGUUAUGUAUGACCUCUGGUUACGCCAUCACACCAUCCAAUACUGAUUCUAGGUGCUUGUUUGGUGGAUCAAUGUACGUCAGGAUCAAAGCUACAGUUCGUUAACUUCUAUUAAUUCACCGUCGAUUGGCCUGUAAACAAGAGUUGAGUGUGUGUAGAAGUAAAACCAAACAAGGACCAAGACUCAUUCUUGUUUUGUAUACACCUUACUUCAGUUUUAUAUACCCAGAGAGGCACUGUAAAUAACUACGUCACAGUUUUGUAUUUAACAGAUUGUUUUUCAAUAUUCUUGCAUCCACACAGUUAUUUAUUAUUUGUUUUCUGUGA